AGCUGGUGUUCUAGGUUCCUCAUCGAGCAGCAGGGGUCCUCGCGGGUCUGUACUAUUCCGUCGGCACUCGGUGUCGUCGCACGUGACAACCGUUGAAAAUGUCGGAGAAGAGCAGACAGAGGGCGCUGCUGCGGAAGGCGAGCAGCAAAGACAACGAGGUCGCAGCAAGUCCGAGCGAAGUAGCGUUCUUGCCGUGGACAGCGUAGAAGUAUUGACCCGACCAGGCACGAGGACACGUGGUCUCGCGAGGUCUUCAAGCGGGCGUCAAGAUGAAGUCGUGGUAGAUCAUCAUCACGCCCCCGGCUCCUGCACAUCUUCAGAGGAAAAUGCACCCAAAAAUCCCUCCUCUGAGCAGGACGCUGAAGAUGACUUUCCGGAGGCGCUAGACCGGACAGUGCCACGCGCACCUGCUACAGGGUCAUCUUCUCCUGAAGUGAACAAGAAGGAGUCUGACUCAGCAACGACAGUCACCGCGCAAAAACUACCGCCGUCACCAACUCUAUUGGAGGAAAUUUUUGUUUCAAAGGAGGAUCAGGAUGGAAAGGCAAGCGUAUUAAGCGACUCUGGUGCGACAAGCAAAACUGCAGAAACGCCGAUGGUCCCCGCCUUGGAGGGCGCCAUCGAAGCGUUGACCGAUCAUAAGAGGUCAUGCUCGUCGUCGUCGUCGAGGCCUGCUCCUGCUGCAGACGGUCCUACAUCACCCGCAAAGAAAGAGCCAGCUCCUUGUUCUGCACCCAAAACCAUCCAGGUUCUUUCAAGCGGCAGCACUUCUGUUGGCAGCGGUGUUUUUUCGUCGUCUUCGAGCGCAACCUCGUCCUCGUCGCAGCGCCCUGAACAAGCUGUCGAAAACAAAUCUGCAACCGUCGAAGCCUCUUCUACCCCUGCUAGUACUACAACGCUACCAGCAAGGCCGCCAGGCGGGGCGCGUUGGCAAGGGAGCGCGUUUCCGUGCGAAGAAGACGAUGAGGCUGAGGAGGUGGAGAAUCCGUCGCCGGACCCGCCACCACUCGAUAGGACCACGACCUUGGACGAAGAAGACAGGCACUUAUACGACGAAGCUAAUGAUUUUUUGCUUCAAAAUGUCUUACGGGAAACAAGUAAUAGAAGAAUUCAGAAUAGAAGAAACAGAAACCUCCCAGGAGCCACAACAAGUGUCAACUUUUUCAGUCCCGAGAAAGACAGCAGCGGGCCGGUGUUUUCGAUGCUGCCCUUACCGUCCUUAUCCUUCGUACGCGAUGAGGAAUAGCAGUUACAUUUUAGGGCAAUAGAACGUUGUAGUUCUUUUGAAAUCGCUGUGGCUGUUUGAAAAAAUUAAAAUGUACUUAGCUACACUAGCGCGAGCCACUAGAAGCAAGUGGAUGCUGUUGAAGUUCAAACGACAAGUUUUAGAGCAUUUAUUCCAAUAACAAUAUCUUCAAUCUGAACUACAAUACUGAAUCACGACUUCUACAGGUUAAAACGGAC